UAGUUUCUAGGAAAUCUACUUGUUUACUACGAAACUGACUCACACACACAGACACACUUUCUCUUUCUGCCAUCCAACUGUAAGUUUGUUAGUCACAGCUCGUGCUUUUACAAGGCUGUACAUUCACAAUAUCAGCUGUGUCUCAAUUCCAAGAAAAUAAUUACUGACUGGAUUACAUUGCUUCACAUCUAUCUCGAUCGACAUUAGAUUCUGUUUAAUACUUUGUCUCUCGUUAUUAUUACUACUUUUUUUCACGAGAUAUAAAAUUAGUUGAAUUCUAUAAUUUCCAUAACUGCCCACCCAUUCGAACACGAUGUGCACCGAACUAAGUCCAGAUGAGAUCCGCUAUUCUCAGGAUUCUAUAAGCAACACAUUUCAUAACGGAGAAACAUUAGAAAAAGUGAUUUCAACUAUUAUCGGUGGUGAAACUAUGCCAGACAACAUGACAAAAACAGCAGUUUUCAAAGAAUAUGGGAAAUACUACGCUUGUGACAAUAGAAAGCUUUACGUUCUGAAAGAAGUGCAACGUCGUAGCAAACCAAACUUUAAGAUCGAGGCGAAAGUUGUGAGGCCCCGUGAUAAAUCGAAGUUCACAACGAAGAACGAUGGUGCUAGUAUAAGAAUUCGAUGUCCAUCUAGUCGUGGUGGAACGGUCAGGAGUCCAAAUGGCGCGAAACGUUAUUCAAGUCACAAUGAUCCCGUAAUGGACGACUUAGAUCGUUUGUUCGGCGCUGAUGUCCUCUUGGCAGAGGAAAUUGAAUGUGAACAAGAAUACGAUCGUUUGUUCGGCGCUGAUGUCCUCUUGGCAGAGGAAAUUGAAUGUGAACAAGAAUACGAUCGUUUGUUCGGCGCUGAUGUCCUCUUGGCAGAGGAAAUUGAAUGUGAAAAUGACCAUAUCACUGGUCUUGAGUUCGACUUGGCAGAGGAAAUUGAAUGUGCACUCUACCUCGAUCGUGUGUCUAACGCUUUUUUCGAUAUGGACGAAUUGUUUGACUAAGCUCACUCAGCUUAGAUUAUAUGCUCGGGGCAUUCUUUCGAUAUAAUUCGACAAAAUCAAAACAUUUCACUUAGGGUUAUUUCCGUGGGUUGUGGAGUAACAGAUAAGCCUGCAAUGUCUCAUUUUAAACUUAAAGAAAAAAAAAAAGAA